UAACUACAAGUAAUUAUGAGACAGCAACAUUUGCAUCAAAAACCGAAUGGCGUGUACGAGCAAUUUCAUCAACAAACUUACACCUUCGUACCAAUCAUAUAUAUGUAAAUGCUGAAGAUAUUAGAGAUACUGGAUAUACAUAUGUUCUUCCAAAGAAUUUAUUAAAACGAUUUAUUCAAAUUGCUGAUUUGAGGACACAAAUUGCAGCAUAUAUGUACGGUAUAUCUCCUCGUGAUAAUACGCAGGUUAAAGAAAUUAGAGCAUUAGUAAUUGUUCCUCAAUAUGGCACACAUCAAUCAGUACAUUUACCAAAUAUGAUGCCAGAACAUGAAUAUAUUAAAGAUUUUGAACCACUUGGUCUAAUUGUUACACAACCAUUUGAAACAGCUCAAUUAUCGCCCUCUAUAUUAUGCCUUCAUGCCAAGAUUGUAGCAGAGAAUAAAAAUUGGGAUGGAGAUAAAACA